CCGAAGUAGCAUUAAAUCAUUAUAAUCAAGGAAGUGUAAAAAAUUUUUGCAAACAAUCAUAUUAUUAUUCCUUUGAAAGAUUUGUUGCUAUUUUGGAAGAAAUUAAAGGAUUUAUUCAAGAUGUAACUCAUUUAUCUGGCUAUAGAAAAUUUAUUUCAAACGAUAACAUUAAAAGAAAAGAAAGAAGGAUAUCGAUAUUUUACAAAAAGAUAUUAAUGAGAUGACCAGAUUUUUGGAAAAAAUCAAUGGCGGUGUAACAACAAGCGAUAAAAAAAUUAGCAAUAUUUUUGAAUACAUCAUAACUUUAAAAGGUAAAUCACCUGAAAAAGUUUUUAACCCUAUCAUCAAUAUAAUUGAUUCAAAUGAGUUAAAGGAACCUGUUGGUGGUAGUCAGCCAGUUGUAUCAUCACGUAAUAAGUAUAAGAUACAUAAAAAACUUUAUAGAGGUCAAGAUGUAGCAAAUAAACUUAUUACCGAAGAUAAGUUUGACAAAUCAUCAGAAACAGUUCCAUCAAUUUCAAGUAGGGUUCAUUCUGAAUUGGCAAUGUUGAGUAAUUUAGGGAAAUGUGAUUACAUUAUUAAAUUACAUGGAUUAUGUGAAAAGGACGGAAGCGUUUUAAGUGUAUUUGAAUGGGCAGAAAAUGGAAAUUUGAGAGAAUUAUAUAAGAAAUUUGAUAUUGAAUGGCCUCGAAAAUUAACAAUUGCAAUAAAUAUUUGCCGUGGAAUUACUUUUCUUCAUGGGUGUAAAAUUUUACAUCAUGAUAUUAGAUGUGAAAAUAUAUUGAUAACCAAUAAUUUGGAACCCAAAAUUUCGAAUUUCAAGUAUAGUCGUGUUUUACAAGCAAAUACUACCGACAUUGGGAAUAUUACACACAUCGUUCGUUGGUUAGCUCCUGAGAAAAUGGAUUCCGGGAAUCGUUAUACUGUACAAUGUGAAAUAUUUAGUUUUGGAAUGUUACUUUGGGAAUUAGCUUUUCAAAGAUUUCCAUAUAAAGAUAUGGAAAUUUAUGAAAUUAAAAAACAUGUAUUAAGUGGUAAAAGAGAGAAUUUAAAUUUUCCUUCUAGUUCAUAUGGAGUUGAAAAGGAAUAUGGCAACAUAAUUAGAGCUGCUUGGCUAUUUGACCCAUCUCUUCGUCCUGAAUUAAGUUAUUUAUUCAAUGUUCUUGAAUAUUUGAGAUCUCCUCUUAUUUCAGAUCGUUUACCCAGAGGACUAAAUCCGAAAAGAAGUGAUAUGGAAGUAACACCUAUUGAACUUCCACCAGGAGAUAUAGAAUUCGAUUUAGACCAAAUGGAUUUUAUUUUGCCAAUGAUGAAACUUGAAGAUGGAAUAUCAGCUCAUAAGAUUGGAGACAGAAAAAAAGCUUUUGAAUGUUUUGAAAAACAUGCUGAGAUAAAUAAUAAAGUUGCAAAAUAUUGGCUAGGUCAUUAUUAUUGGGAAGGUUAUGUAGUUGAUAAAAAUUUAGGUAAAGCAGUUGAGUUAUUUAAAGAAGCUGCUGAUAAAGGGGUUCCUGAUGCCCAAUUAAGAUACGUGUAUGUUUUAUCAGUCAAAAAUAGUCCACUUAAAUUUAAUUUAGAAGAUUUUGUGAAAUAUUUGACUAUGGCGGCUGAUAAUGGAAAUACUGCAGCUCAAUUUAAUAUAGGUGAUUUAUAUUUCAAUGGAAAAUUGACUAUUUCAAAGGAUGAAGAGAAAGGUUUAAGUUAUUUAAAAUUGGCAGCUAUUAAGGGUCAACCAAAAGCUCGUGCUAUGUUAGAUAAGUUAAGAAUUAAUUACUUCGUUUAAUGUGAUGUAUUUAAAAAUAUUUAUUUUAAGUUUAUGGAUAAUUUACCCUUUACGAUGAGAUGUCCACUAUAUUAAAACUACAAGGCCUGUACUAAGAUAGUUUUAUAUGACAUUAUUGAAAAAUUAUUAUUUAUUAUAAACAAAAAAGGUUAUUUGAAAUUUAAUUUGAUAAUAUCUUUUUGAUUUGUUGUGAUUUUGCAUAACAAAAAUUUA